GACGUAACUUCAAAAUAUUCAGAGCAAGCAUUCAUAACGGAGGAAGAAGACAAGAUUUCUCGUUUUGAGUAUUGAUACUGAGAUACUGCCUGAUCUGUUAUAGAUAUCUGAAUGUAACAAUCUCGUGGAUUUCCAGCAGGAACCUGAUGAGGAUUUUGAGAGCCAACAAAGAUUGGGAAUGGUGUUCUGCAUUUUUCUUGUUUGCAUCAGGGCCAUUACAUAGGUUUUCUGAACAUGGGGAGUCUGCUUUACAGGUGGUAAUGCAGAUGAACAUGAAUAUUCAUUUUGCUUUCAUGCUGGCUUUUGAAGUCUCCGUAUUCCUGAUUUGUAUUGAUGGAUACUUAACUGGAACCCCAUCCGUACCACACAAUGAUCAGCCUAAUGAUGAACAAAAGAAACAAGAAUAUUAUUACCACUCAGACACUGAAUCAGUUACAUUUGAGCCCGAGCAGGAUUGGCUUGAUGCAGAUACAAAUCAGCCUGAAAACAAGGCUGCGGAAACUGGCACUGCCCAAUGUGUCCAAUGCUGUGAUCGCCCAUCACGCCGCAAGCAGCGUUACCAUCACUACAACGAGGAUCCACCAGAAUUUCAAGCUAUCCCUCAAAUCAACCUGACUAUUCUAAAAGGUGAGAAAGGUGAUAAAGGGCCACGAGGAUCUUUUGGCAAAAAUGGAAAAACAGGAAUACCUGGACUCCGGGGUCCAGCAGGUUCAAAAGGUGCAAAAGGAAGUACAGGAAACUUUGGAGAGCCAUGCAAAAUGUACUACGCUGCUUUCUCUGUUGGCCGGAAGAAAGAACUACACAGUAACAAUUACUACCAGACACUGGUGUUUGAUACCGUGUAUGUCAAUCUGUAUGAUCAAUUUAAUAUGUUCACAGGGAGGUUUUACUGCUCCAUCCCAGGUAUUUAUCACUUCAGCCUAAAUGUACACACCUGGAAUCAGAAGGAAACCUACAUGCACAUCAUGAAGAAUGACGAGGAGGUUGUCAUUCUCUAUGCUCAGCCCAGUGACCGCAGCAUCAUGCAAAGUCAGAGCAUUAUGAUUGAUUUGAAACAGAAUGACGAAGUUUGGAUUCGUUUGUUUAAGGGAGAACGAGAGAAUGCCAUCUUCAGUGAUGGCUUUGAUACUUACAUCACCUUUAAUGGCUACUUGAUUAAACCAAACAGUGAGAAUUGAAUGAAUAACUAAAUAAGUAACACUUUGAUUAAUAUGGGACUGUUAUUAGGAAACAGUAAGGAAGCUUAUUGAAGGGAAACUCCAGGUUUUUAAAGUUGUUUCAUAUCUCUUAUCUUGAUUAACAAUGGCUAAAAUCAUCUUAGUUGCUUUGUAUAUUCUUUUUAAUAGUAUGCAGGCAUCCUUCCCAAAACACAGAAACUUGAAUUCAUUUUAGUGACUCUUCUUUGUUUCCAGCUUGCUUCAGUGGUAUCAUAGGGACUGUCAGUAUUAUCUCUGCUCUGCAGUUCUGUUCAAUCCAAGAACACAAUGAAGCUUCAGAUCUUUCCUGUAUUGUAAAGAGCAAGUGUGCUCUUUUUUGUGGCUGCCAUUAAAGUCUCGAAGAUCA